UCAUGCAAAUGUGAAAUCGGCCCGCCAAUUGUUGAUGGUGAUUGUCCCCGGAAAAAGUGAGCCUCUCUCCCUAAAAAUCUUUUCACAUCUUCUUCCACUUCCACUUCUCCCUUUCCUUCCGUUUCUUUUCCACUUCCAGUUCUUCUCUUUACAUUUCCCCGGGUUUAAUACUGCUAUCAUUCUCUCCACCCCUACCCUGCCCACUGCAUACAUACAUACGUAUCCUGCGAUAUCUACCGCUUCUGGGCUUUGGCACGGUAAGAGGAGAUCCCCCUUCACUUUCUCACUUGCGGUGCCCCCCAUUCGAUUUUUUUCUUUUCUUUUCCCUCCUUUCCAUUCUCCGCACCUUUCGUCUCACCCACUUGGUCCCGACCUUUUUACUUUGCUUGGGUUAUUGACUGCCUUCUGCCUUCUGCCGCCGGCGCCGCACUUUUGGUCCCGGGUUGGUUGCCGUACCGCCGCCGCUGCCUCUGCUUGUGUAUAUUUUCCUUCUGCUCCGCAUGCCUUCUUCCCCUACUUGACUCUCAUUGCUUCAAGGAAAAAAAAGGAGGAAGAAAGAAAGAAUAAUAAUAAAAAAAAAAUAUUAAAAAAUUGUACCCCUUCAUCACCUGUCUAUCAAUCAUCCCUCUUUUCCCUCUUCUUUUCUUUCCCUCUUCUGCAGCGAAAAUUGUCACUCCGCCAUAUUUGCCCCCCCCCCCCAAGUCUGGUACCGCCGUAGUCAACCGUCACCUGUCACUCACUUUUUGGAGGCUAGUCGUCUUCGCUUCGGUUGCAACCCUCAAUUAGUCUAGAGCCGCGACUACUCUCCUACGACAACGACCCAAGAGUUUCUGUUUUGCCAUUCUUGCUCCAGUGGCUCCGUGCCUGCUUAUCUUGUCCUUUAUUUUUGGUGCCCCUGCAUACCUCGAGAGGGCGAAUACUGGUCCUCUUUUUGUUCCCUCGAAUCCAGAAGUCCGACUCUUCCUCUUUUUUCUCAUUCCCGUUUUGCUCUUCCUUCGAAGGAAAAUUUGCACCACCCAUUCAUUCUCAUCACACAUCACGGUAGCUGCGCACGUUAUUGUUGCCCCGCCAACGAAGCAACGGAGAAGUUAUUGCGGAAGAGGUUUGGGGACGGAUCUGGUGGAUUCUGGCAGGAGAACCAUAGUGAAAGGCGUCUUCUGUCACUGACGGACCCAGGAAAAAAAGCAUUUCGCCGCUUUCGCCCUUUCUCUAUCGCCGACCUGCCGGUACCCGUGCCUUCGACGGGAUCGAGAAGCCUCGGUCACUGCUACAUGAAAUUCUAGGAUAGCCAAUUGGCCCGUUUCACUUAUUUAUCUUAUUUGUCCACAUUGCAUUGUUCUCUAAGAAGCCUACAAUAGGGCCUUUACUGGUCCCUUGAGUGCGCUCCCUGGAGACUGGGUACUUUUUGCUGCUAGGGAUCGGGUCAGCGGCAUCACUAGAUCUGGAGCCCGAGAAACUAAUGGAUCAACAACAGCAGCAUACUGAGCCAAGGAAUCCGUUUUCCGGUGAACCGGGCCAGCCGGCGCAGCCUUUGUCUGAGCCAAAGGCUGAUAAUACCAGUAGCCCUGAGAUGGAUUCGGUUGAGGGAAUGUCGAUGUCUGCUUCUAUGGACACACCCAUGGGGAACGCCCCGAAUUCUGGGUCAGGGUUGGGGCUCGGGGGUGCUGCCGGAGGAGUUCAACAACCCAAAGUGCAGACGGCAUUCAUUCACAAACUUUACAAGUAUGGAAUCCCUUACCGUUUGCUCUCCGGAUAAUAAGGCGGGAUCUUCCUGGUUAACGUGUUCUAGCAUGCUUGAGGAUGCAAAUAUCCAACAUUUAAUAUCCUGGUCACCGUCUAACGAGAGCUUUGUGGUAUCUCCCACUGGGGAGUUUUCGAAGGUCUUGAGGUAUUAACAUCACGAUCUCAUCAUCCCUUCCGGAAGAGGGCUGAUCAUAUGGGUGAAUUUAGUCAAUACUUUAAACACACAAAUAUAUCGUCAUUUGUUAGACAGUUAAACAUGUACGGAUUUCACAAAGGUCAAGAUCUCUUGCCUGGGGUCGAUAAUACUAUGCUGACGGGUGUGAUAUAGUCAAUGAUGUAUUUCACACUGGCUCUCCGGAUGCUACUUUGUGGGAGUUCAAGCACGGGAAUGGCAGCUUCAAAAGAGGGGACCUUGUUGGCCUUAGGGAUAUAAAAAGACGGGCGUCACGACACGCACUUAUUCACCGGGAUUCAUUCUCUGGGCCCAAAAGCGCUGUUGCUUCUGCUCCGGGAACUCCGGAUGAACGGCCUGGGGACUCAAUUGAUGGUCGAUUUAUGUCUAUUGAGCAGUCUUUGUAUGAAAUCAAUUCCCGACUUGCCCGCUCCGAGGACCACAAUGCGAUGUUAGGCAUUCGUCUUCAAACUGCUAUUGAAGGAUUGACCAGGUGCCACCAGGUGAGCCCCGAACCCCAUUUGUUAUCAGAUUCCCGUUUACUUUCCCUUGUCUUUCCUUCCGUUUUGCGUUUUCUGCUUUUGAUUAGUUUGCUGGGUGUGGUGGCCGCUCAUACGUAUAUAGUGGACAAUUGAUCUUUCGCAAUUUAUGACGAAUUUGUUCCCCUCCGAUGCCCCGAUAAUUCGCGAAAGUAAGCAAUCAAUGGUGCCCCCCCCCCUCCCCGGGAUAGUCGAGACUAACGGGCCGUGUAGUAAAUUCGAUGCAGAAAGAAAUAGAACGCCACACCCAGCUAUUAGAAGAGCCACAGGAGGUAUUGCUUCGUGAGCGCCAGCCUUUCCUAUCAUCAUUGACUAUCGAUAAUUCGGCCCCAUUGUCACCUCGGCAGCGCCCUAUGGAGGACGAAUCUCGACGCUCUUCCAUCACCGGACCUUUACGUCCAAGUGGUUAUUUUAGGGCACCACCACCACCGGUAUCGAACGCUCCUCGGCGUUUUGGGUCUGUGGGGCUAGCUGGAGGCUCUUCACCGAAUGCUCUGCGCCCUCAGCAGCCGUCCCAGCAACCACCUGCACAGCAUCCGUUGGCCUCUUUCCACUCGCCCCCUAGCCACCUUUCUCGUCGGCAUACAUCUGCGGAUAUCCGUUUGCAUGGAUGGCAGGCAAACUCACCAUUUAGUGGCAUGUCUGGUUCGAAUCAGUGGCCUCCCUCACCGAAUCGUAGCUCCAAUCUUCAGCAUGAUAACACUAGAGAAAUUCUGGCAAACUAUGAAAUACAACAACACAGGCCCCCAAACAACCCGGUGUUUACUUCCCAAACCACCCCGCCUCUUAGCGAAACGACCUCCAACAAUGGUAUUUCGGAUUCAAACUGGAGCUUCAGCGGAGGCGGGCCGAAAUUUCCACCGCAACGGGAGGCAGGGCACACUGCUCCACCGACCCGACGAUCUAGUCUCGCCUCCAGUAGUGUGCAUGCCCUAUUGAACCCGCCGGAUUCAAACUUGUCGGCGGAAGCCAGUAGGGAUGGAAUGUCGGAUUGCGAGCCGGAUGACCGAAAACGGAAGAGGCUUCAA